AUGUCACAUAAGGAUCGGUUAAUUAUUUUUAUGGGGGGAGAAUGAUUUGUGUACAGGGGUUAAAGGGGUUACUGAGGUAUGGAACUAAAUAUGAUUUCAAUGAAUAAUCAUGAAUUUACUUAGGAAAAAAAACAUUACUAGCAAAAAAGCACAGAUAGAUAUUUAUGAGAAUGGCAAAAUGGAUGGACUUAUUUCAAAUUUUAUUAUUUAUAUCCCAAGUACACUUUCAUAGAAGGCCAUGAGUUACAUGACAAAAUAGGUGGUGUCAACUGAAAAAAACAAUAUCAUGUCUUAUAUAAAGAUAAAAUGUAUGUCAUGUUUUUAAACCUUAAGGAAACAUUUCAAUUAAUACAAAAAGCUUUUAAAGAUAGAUUUUGGUGACCCAAUAGAUAAAAUACACUUAAAAAGGUCAGCGGGACUCAAAUCGUACUGGUUUUGUGAAAUGACUCAGUUCAGUGGAAAGUUGUUGCCUAGGCGCAGGUGAGAUUCUGCAUCUUUUAUUUUCUUCCAAUACUGUAGAUAAGCAAAUGUACACGAUAUGAUAAUCAGUUGUACGUGUUUAUAUCGUGGUAUAUCGUCAUACCGAUAUAUCGUUACAACCCUAAUGGCGCAAUAUGUUUUAGUGCUAUAUGAGAGGAAAAAAGGGAAGUUACUACAAACACAGUUAAAACAGCUCAGAUACGGGAAGAGAAACUUGCACAAUGAUCACAUACGAAAAGAAAGAAAUAUUUUACUUUUUAAUAGGGUUUUGGCUUAUUUUAGGUGUUGAAUGCUACAGCAGUGGGUCAUAUAAUUUAACUGUUAAGACUGGAGGAUCUGUCACCAUCCCAUGUUAUUACGACGGGAAAUACACACAUCAGAAGAAAUACUGGUUCUCAGAAGCUGAUAAGUCCAGUACAUACACAAACACAACAGAGGAGAAUCUGUCAGUAAUUGAUCAUCCUGAUCAGAAUCUCUUUACUGUGACUAUGAGAAACCUGCAGAGCACAAAACAUGAUGGACGCUAUUAUUGUGCUGUGAAGGUUGAAGGAAAUGUGACUGUCACAUAUGGUCUUUAUCUGCAGGUUCAAUCUGCUCCUGAUGUGUCUGUGGUGAACAGCAGUGUAUCUGGACAUGAAGGUGAUGAUAUCAGUGUUCAGUGUCUCUACAAUUCUGGAUAUAAGAAUAAAACCAAGCAGUGGUGCAGAUAUAAAGAUAAGAGGUGUUACACAGUGGGGAGGACUGACACAUCCCAGAAUUCAUCAGUCCAGAUCAGUGAUGAUGGGAGAAGAUCCUUCACUGUGCUGAUGACUGGACUGAGACUCACUGAUUCUGGCUGGUACUACUGUUCUGCUGGAGAGGCACUGAAUCCUGUUCAACUCACUGUAAAUGAGGGAAAACAAGGCACUGUCAAUGACAAAGUAUGGUACAUGGAGCAUUUCUGUUUGUCACAGAACUAGAGGAAUUUUCUCCACAUCGACCUGAAGGAUCAAAUGAUUAUAAAAGUGUUGAUAAUAAGCUUUAUAUUCUGCAUUUGCUUUGUUUAUUCAACAGACUACACUUAAAGGGAUACUAAUCACUAACGUCAUUAAUCACUUACCCCCAUGUCGUUCCAAUCCCGUAAAAGCUC